AAUUAGGCUUAUAAAAAUAAAAAAAUAAAAAUUUAGUCAAAAGUAUAUUAUUAAUUUGUUAAUAUAGUGAGAUACUUACUUAAAUGUUAUUUAAAAAAUAUUCAGAUGUGAUAACAUUCAAAAUUUUGUAGAGAUAACUUUUAUUUUACUAUUGAAAAAUCUGCUCUUGUUUGUUUUGAUAAGUAUGCCUGAAAUAUAUUAGAACAAGUCUACUUAGUAAUAAAUUUUAUUGUUAUCAGAAUAGUUUAGAUACCCUGAAUUUUUAACUGAUGUCUUUGACUAUUAAUUAGUCCAAUCAUCAAUAUCUAGCAACCGAUCUAAACCAAAUAUUGAUAUCGCUUCGGAGAAUACCGAUAAUAAUUAUGUUAAAUCAUGAAAUAAAUUCUUUAUAUAUCAUAGCCAGCUAAUUGAAUAAUCAGUUCAUUUCAAAACAAUGACGAAAACAACAUCGUUAAUCUUUCUUUUUUUAACCGUAAUUAAAUUACAAUUAUGUGAUUCAAGUGAAGAAGAAAAUUCAAGAUUAGUGCAAAUAAGUUCUGGCCGUGUUAGAGGUUACAAAAAUCAACAAUGGGAUAUAUUCGAAUUUUACGGAAUUCCAUAUGCUACUGCUCCCACUGGGGUAAACAAAUUCAAGGGUCCAUUACCAGCACCACAGUGGUCAGACAUUCUAGAUGCACAAGACGAAUUCAUCGUCUGUCCUCAAGCCGGUGACAUUUACAAAGAUAUAGCACAAGAAGACUGCCUCGUAGCUAGUGUAUUUACCCCGAACACAAAUGAGACAAAUUUACCAGUUAUGGUUAAUAUCCACGGCGGAGGCUACGCUGCAGGAUAUGGAAACUUAGAAAAACCUUAUUCCAUAGUGAAAGAGGGAAAUGUGGUAGCAGUGACGUUUAAUUAUCGUCUUGGUAUUGUGGGUUUCUUGUGUUUGGGUACUGCAGAUGUCCCCGGAAAUGCUGGUCUAAAAGACAUGCUAGCACUCUUGCGCUGGGUUAAAGAAAAUAUUCGUAGUUUUGGGGGAAACCCCGAUGAUGUCACUAUCGAUGGCUGCAGUGCAGGAUCUUCCGCCGUUGAUCUGCUUGUUCUCUCGGAAACUACGAAAGGAUUGUUUAACAAAGUCAUAGCACAAAGUGGAUCUAGUAUCUCAACCUGGAGCGUACAGCAAAAUCCCAUAGAAGUAGCAAAAGCGCAAGCCAUAAGAAUGAAUUUUAGUAAUGCAAAUGACAUCGGUGCCUUAGAAGAUUUCUUUAAAGGCUCAUCUAUAGAAAGUUUAACGAAAGACAGUUUUUGGGAAGGAAAAGAUUCUUCUUUCCAGUUUGUCCCCUGCAUUGAAUGUGAUUUAGAAUCCGAAGCAGUUUUAAAAACUGCCCCAUUCGAUAUAUUAAAACAAGGAACUUAUGAGAAAUACCCCACACUUACUGGGUUUUCAAAUAUGGAAGGUUUAUUUAGAAUGCCAGUUUAUGAUAGAUGGAUAGAUGAAAUGGUAGCGGAUCUGUCAGAUUAUUUACCUGAAGACUUGAAAUUUGAGACUCAAAAUGAAAGAAAAGCGGUCGCUGAUGCAGCAAGAGAGUUAUUUUUUUCGAAAUUAAAUACUGAUAGAAAAAUGGGUUUUAUCGACUAUUUUUCUGACGUGUUGUUUACAUAUGGUGUUCACCGAGCACUCUCACUGCAAGUAGAAGCUGGUAAUGAAAAUAUGUACUUUUUAGAGUUUGAUUUCGUUCCGGAAUCGGGAAAUCCGACUGCAGAACCACCAGUAGGUGCGAAUCAUUGCGAUCACACACAGAUGGUCCUGGAUGGUCCAAAUGCGUCUAAUACCAGUGAUUACCAUUUGAUGAAAAAGUCCAUGGUGCAGCUGUGGGUCAACUUUAUUAAGACCGGAAAACCAGUACCAGUCAACACUGAACAAUACCCCGAGGGCUGGCCAGCAGUGUCCUCAAACGGACCGUAUCCGUAUAUGGUAUUGAACCUGAAACCUCAGUUGAAACGGAACUGGCAGCCAGAACGCGUGCAAUUUUGGGAUGAUGUCUACAGCAAAUAUUACAGCACCCCGGCACCCCCGGCUAACAGCUCCUCUAGACUCGGUUCCUAUUGCGCUGUGACUAUCUUUGCUUUUGCAUUGUUUCAAACAAUGAUGUCAAGUUUCUAAUACCUACCGAGAGUUUGUAUAGUUUAUCAGUGUAGAUUAAGUAGCUAGAUAAAAUUAUAUUAAUUAAUAUCGACUUAAACCUAUAGAUCUUGACCGUAAUCUUGAAGUAGUAGCAACAACAACCAAUGCAGUAAAAGAAAACAUAACUUACCUUGGCGAUGUAGGCUUUCAUGUAGAAGUUUCCGAAGAGCACGAUGAAGGAGAUCAUGUAGACGAUGAGCACGUAGUGCAUCCACAGCGGGAACUCGCAGCCGGUCCUGAUGCCGUUCACCGCCAGCACCAGAGCGCACGUGAACUGGAUCUAGAGUUAAAGAAUGAGUAGAGGUUAAAAGGAAGCUAGGAAUGCUAAAAUCGAAGAUAAUCGUAAAGAUGUUAUCCUAUUUAUGGUGAACUAGAUCUAAAGUGAUAGUAGAGGUUAUAAGGAUGCUAAUAAUGCUUAAAUCGAAAAUAAACGUAAAGGUUUUAUUAAUUUUUUUCAGGUUUAUUGAUAUUAAAUGUAUGUUAUAAUGGUUGGUUCAUGUUUCUUACACUAAAUAAGAAGUAUAUAUAUAAUAAAAUAAAAUUGGGCCAAUAACGGUACUGGACAAGAUUAAAUAAAAUUGGUAAGAAAUACCAAAUACUUUACGUAAUUCGUA